AUGCAUGAGCUUCCUGAAUCAAGACUAGGAUCCUUAUACAAGGAUUUCAGACCAUUAAAAGACCUAAAUCCAGACGGAUAUGAAGCGAACAUCACGACAUGGAGACAAUACUUAGCUGAACUAUAUUCGGGCUUUAUUUGUUUUCAGUGUGGUACUAUGUUGCUGCGCCACUUGACGAGAAAGGAUGCAUUUGGUGUCCCGAAAAGUAUCGACGUAGUCAUUGAUUCUAUGGUACACGAGGAAAUUUUGUUCCCCUUGGAUCUGUUUUAUGAAGGUAAGAUGACUAUGACCGAUACUACCCCGACUGUUUUGAAAUGGUUUGGUUUUAAUUGGAAGCCAACAAAAGGUUUUAAAAGUAGGCAAAAAAAUUCCAAAGGAAAUGAUAACGAUUAUUUGAAAGAUGUUACUCUGAUCAUUAAACCAGAAUUAGAAUCCGCCUUCCAUAAGAUUUAUGACAAUAUUAAAGUGGCAAUAUUAGACGAUGCCACUAGUAUAACUGAUCUAGUUUAUACAUCCCAUGAAUUCUUUGAAAAAAUUAAAAUAAAUGAUAUUAUUAUACAUGAUGAUGAGCAUGCUGAUGAAAUUCGUAAAAUUAUCUUAUUUUAUCUCAGCAGAUAUAAACAUAUUAUUAACCAUGAUGAAAUAAAUGAUAUCAUAAAAAUCAUUGCUCCAGCAGCAUCUCAUAUUUUGAAAUCAUUCACUAUAGAAAUAACAGAAAAUGAUAGACAAAUCUUAAACGUGAAAAGUGGUAUAUAUAAUCUUGAAAGACAAAUCAAGAAAUUAGAAAAUGAUCUCGAAGUUUAUUCCCUUAAGACGGCCAAAGAAAAUUGGGAUGCUUUCAGAAAAUUACCAAUAGCGUCUCAAAGAGAACAUAUUAAAGCUAAAAAAUUGUCUGAAAGAUAUUUAGAUCAAUUAUUAAAAUAUCGUAAUAAUCUUUUGACUAUUAAAAAUCAGUUGGAUUUAUCAUCCACUAACGCUAUACUAUUUGAUACUUUGAGUAAUUCACAUGAAUUGUUGAAAUCAAUGAAUAAUUAUAUGGGGUCUGCUGAAAAGAUUGAUGAAUUAUUACAAAAUAUUGAAGAGCAAACUGAACAAACAGAUGAAAUUAAUAAAUUGUUAACCAACGAAGAGACAUUGACUCCGGGAUUAGCUGAUGAAAUCGAAAAGGAAUUACAAACAAUGGAGGAACAACUUUCUCAAGAACGUGGGGAAGAGGCUACGAAAGAACACGUGAAUGAAGAAAUCAAAGAGAACGCAGAAACAGAGUUACUUCUGGACAAGUUAAAGGAUCUACAAAUUGAUGACAAAAAUCAAUUGAAUGAAGGAGAGGAGAAAGUCCACCAAGAUGAAAGAAACCUCGAACAAGAGUCGAAGGAAUUAGUUCCAAACUAA